AGUUACUCCAUUGGACCUUGGGGUGAGAAGCUGAGACCUUAAGAGAACAACUUUCUGAAUCUGCUAAAAGUAAACAAUAGGACGAGACCUUAUCCUGAAAAUGUCUAGCUGCUGUCAAGCAUUUUCUAGUUGAUAAGCAAAAUGGGUGAACAAAAAGAGGUCAAGGACAUGUACGUGUACGACCUUCCGUACGUGGAGAGGAAUGAAUUGUGCAGCAUCCUUGACAUCAACAAUCAGUGGGAGAUAUUAGGUGGAAAAUACAUGAAGUUUGGAAGGAAUGACUUAGAAAAGUUUCGACGUGCUGGGUGGUGUGAAAAGUCUCCAACAGACAGAAUGCUGCAAGAAUGGGGUCAGCAGAACAAAACUAUUUUGGAACUCUUCUACUAUCUGUACGAAAUGGGACAUUAUCAAGCCAUGAGUGCUAUUAAGUCUUGUGUUCCAGUGCAGUAUCAUGACAUUUUCAACCACAGAGAAAGAUUUAAAAGUAAGUUUGAAAGUGAAGGGUUUGUAAAAGGUUUUCCAAAAGCUGAAAGAGUUGCUGUAGGGCGUGUGGACUUUCGGAACGGUGUUGCGACAGCUCCACCAAAAGCUGCAGAAGCGGUCAGCAAAGGAGAUCUGCCUCAACAUCUUCCAGAGGCUGAACUAGGUGCCACAGCACUGCCGUCUCCUGUCCUAGAGUAUGGUUCAGAAAAUUUAGAUAAAAUGACCUCGUCACCAAGAGGGGAACUCGCCUCAAAGAAAGUGCCUGAAGAUUUACUGUGUCCAUCUCCUGUUGCUGCUUUAGAGAGAGUAAAACCAAAAUUAUUACUCCCUCAAUAUGGUAGGCCAAGUAGACCAUUAGGAACAAUUCCUGAGACAAAGAUUUUGAACAAGCCCUCUGGAGGAAUAACUGAAAUGUCUUGUGAAGAUAACAAUCAGCAUGAACUAGAGCCUGAUGGAAGUAAAGCACAAUCAUAUCAUGUGACAGAGGAUUAUAUGCGAAUGGCUGAAGAAAAGAGAGCCAGAAUAGAAAGUGAAGCCGCUGGAAGAGAAAUGUUAAACCAGGAAACACAGCUGGCAGAAGAGGCAAAAAGGAGAUUGAAUGACACAGUUGGACACCCACCUGUAAAUCUCGCUGAUGGCUUUGUGUCACCUCCUAGUGAGUGUAGACGACAACUGUCGAACACUUCAGCUGCAUCAGAUAUAUCAAGACAUAGUGAUUGUGUGUUACCAAUGAUUCCUUACAAGGAACUUGAGGAAGCCACUGCUUGCUGGAGUAAGGACAAUCACCUGGGACGUGGUGGCUUUGGUGUGGUCUUCAAGGGGAAGUGGAAAAACUCAGAAGUUGCCGUAAAGAAAAUUCAUCAACAUGAAAAUGUCAAUGAUUCUGCUCAGCUUCAGAUUACUGAGGCUCUAGGUGAACUGAAAUUGUGUCUGUCCCACCAACAUGAUAACAUUUUGCAGGUGUAUGGAUAUUCAGCAGAUCUUGGUCAUCCUCCAUGUAUAGUGUAUCAGUUCAUGCCAAAUGGAUCUGUUGAAGACAGACUCCUACUGCGUAAACUUGAAGGAGCCUCAUCAUCAAAUAACUGGGUACCACUUACUUGGUCCCAGAGGUUUAUAAUCGCACUUGGAACAGCUAAAGCACUUCAGUUCCUACACACUGUGAAUCAAAGACCCCUUAUCCAUGGAGAUGUGAAAAGUGCCAAUAUCCUCCUUGACAAGCAUUUGGAACCUAAACUGGGAGAUUUUGGAUUAGCAAGAGAAGGAAAAAGUCAAUCAACUAGUCUGAAGGUAACUCGAAUCAACGGCACGAGAGCAUACUUACCGAACGACUUCUUAAGGUCCAAAAAAUUAUCUGUGAAGGUUGACACUUACAGCUAUGGAAUUGUUUUAUUUGAAUUAUGCACAGGGUUAAGAGCUCUUGAUGAAAAGAGGAAAGGGGAUACAAAAUACCUGAAAAACCUUGUAGAGGAAACCCCUGUUGCAGAGGAAGAAAAGCUACGAGACCAAACAUUGGAAAGGAAGGAUUUUAGUGGGAUUUUUCCUACUCUCCUCGGUAUUGCCAAAACUUGUGUACGAUCAUUGUCUAAUAGGCGACCAGAUAUGACAGAAGUCUUCAGCGACUUAGAGAAGUACCAAUUGUACAUUCAUUCAAACAUGAGGUGUGGAGUUCCUAGCUCCCCAUACCACCUUCAGUUCCAGCAUGACAUGGCAAGAAGGUCUGGACAGACACCAUCAUCAAAGUCCUUAACAUUCAUGCAGCCUCCAUCCAUUCCCCCUCUUGUUCCUAAGUUGACCAACCCACCUCUCUAUCCCAUACCUCCACAAGAUGGUUACGGUUACCAGCAUCAAUCUCCCCAUCUCAUCUUCUUUAACCCAGAAAAUAGAGGUGCUUAUCCGGCGCUGGAGGGCAGGCCAAUUCUUAAUCCAUCGAUACCCGGUGUGGCUGUCAUUGCUGAACCACCACCUACAUACAAUGAAGUAGUGUCUCCCUCUCCCAAUGGUUAUCCUCCAUUAGUUAAUAACAAUGGUCCUGUCAAUGCUUUAUUACCAAAAAUCUCAGAUCUCAACAUUGGCCUAACUUCUCAGAAUUUGACAAAUGCUGCAAGUAAUGGGUAUGCACCAAUUAUUGGUAAUCCAGCUAAGGAUGGUGGUUCCUUCCUUCCACUCCUAACAGAACUGGGUCAGCCAACACCUCAAAAUAACCAGUCUGAACAAAGUCGGCCAUCAGCUGCAAACAAGAAAUCUUUUUUUGAUGAUGAUGAUGAUGAUGAUGAUGAUGACGAUGAAGACGAUGAUGAUUAAAAUAAAAAAACUGCCAAUGAAGUAUCUGCUUUGCUAUUGGUUUUAAGAAUUUCUUAUUGUUCUUAGUUAAGAAUUUCUUAUUGUUCUUAGAAACUGUUUUUGACAAUUUUGUCAUUGAAGUAUAGUUGAUCAUCUUACAACUGAAACGUUUUCAGUCAGCACAGAGUAUAUUACACAUUACUCUGUAGCUCAAUAUAGCUAUAUAAAAUACAUAAAUAGAAUUAUGGGCUGGUUUAGUGCAGAAUUAUCUAUUUUUGUUAACAGAUUUUCAGUAAUUAUCAUAGAUGAAAAAUAUCAAAUAGACUGAAUUUAUCUUAACCUGAAAUUCAGCUAAAUUAAUUUUAAUUUCUUGAGCAGUACAUCUCGCAAGCAUCUGUCCAUUUAAGUAUGUUGGACACUAAUCUGUAAAGGAAAACAUUUUCUAUCUGUGCCAAAUAAAUAUCCACAUGAAAAUACUCCUCUGAUCCAAACUAAUAGUUACUUAAUAGAUAAAUUGUGUAAGGUCUCAUGGCAUAAUAGUAUUGUUCUUCACUUCUAAGCUGAUUAAGACACUGUCUUAAUAUUGUAUUUUAUUUACCCAUAGUUUAAUUAUAUUUCUAAAGAAUAUAUUAACUGGAAAAAUAGAAAUGCUGUAGUUUCAUCUUAAAUGGGAGAGGGUAGUUGCUUCACCUCACAAAAAAAAAUAUACUUGGUUUUCCUGUAUAAUGGGAAGCAGGAAUGAUUUCCUUUAUGCCUUGUUAUCAGAUUGAUUCUCUCACCUCAAGCAGAGGUUAAGAAUAUUGUAUAGCACAAUUUAUGGUCAGUUUUAGGUGUACAGAAGAGGGAGUUUUCUCCCAUCACAAGUAGAAACUGUGGCUUAUUUUAUGUAGGGUGGAAACACUUGAGAUUUCCUCAACAGCAAUGAAAAAUGUGGGUGAUUAUGUUAUACUGGCCUCACCCAAAAUUUAAACAGAAGGGCAAAAAUAUUCUUGAACUCCCUUUCCCUUUAGUAAAAAGAAUCCAUUGCUUUGCAAGCAAGGUGUACCAUAUUGUAAUUUUGAAUUCAUUUUCAUGAUUAGGAGCCCAAAACAAUGCAUUAUACCCACUUUGAUCCUGAAAAUUCACUAAGGCUAGAUGGGAUGAAUUCCUUGACAUAGGAAGUAGGGUGAUGUAAAAGUGUAAAUUUGGAGGAUAUUUCUCAUUAGAUAUAGACUUGAUCUUACACCUAAUCUGUUGUUAGUUUUUGUAGGUCUAAAUAGCAUUUAGAUUUGUAAAAUUGCUUGGCCUUUUGGGAGAAACACCAUCUUUGGCAUACCUUUUGUGAACUGUUUACAUGUUAUGGGUUAUGUUUUAGAUACAUACAAAAAAAAAUUUAAAACCUAAGUAGCUUUUUUAGCAUAAGUAAGUAAUAGUCAAAUUUAAUAAUUGUUCCUGUACCAUAUAGUUUUGGCUAAGGCAUAUUAUUUGUGAUAUAUUUUUAUAUUAUAUGCAAAUGUAUGGACAAUGUAUAGUAUAGUUUUUGUGUAAAAAAUAUUGGAUCCUUCAAGAGAUUAUAUUAUUGAUAAAAUUA